CGAAUAGCCAGAGCAGCAAUCAACAACGCCUCACAAGCCACCAACGCAGACUUCCUUUUCGGCUUUCCUGUCUAGCAGAUCGGUAUCUAAGAAAAUACACGCUACACUCGUUUCAAACCCUUGCUCUUUUCCCGACCUUCGAACUCUUCUUCAGCCACCAUGGACGACGAGCUCAAUAUCAGCGCGGAGGACGUCCAGCGUCUCUCGCCCAAUGAACAGCGCGAACUGCAGAUGUUUAUUCAGAGCGAGACGCAGAAGUCACAAAUCUCAAAGAACAUCCAUUCCUUGACCGAAACAUGCUUCAAGAAAUGUAUCACCAGUUCGAUAUCGAACGGAAAAUUGGCCGGUAAAGAGGAGACAUGUAUGUCGAACUGUGUCAAUCGUUGGUAUGAUUCCAAUUUGGCGGUUCUGAAGCACUUGGAAACUCUGAGGGCCAGCCAGUGAUGGUGAUGCUUGGAUAAGCUUAGUAUUUAUUCAACUUGGGAAGAGAAGGUCGAUUUGGGUCCGGUGAUAUGAAUCUAUUAUAUCUCACUGGGGAUCGACGGAAGAGCUACUCCUUCGACGAAAAACGGGUUGCAUACAGAUACUUUUUUCAAAAAGACUUGGGUAAUGGCUCCGUGAAUGCCACUUAUGUACACUAGGUACUCAGCCAUCGGAAUGUAUCAAUACUUUAUAGCACUCGACACAAUACAUCAUGCUAAUCACA